AUGUCCGUGUCGGCGGUCGCCUCGCUGCGGCCCCUCCACGGCCGCUGCCUCCGCCACGCCACCACCGGCCUGCUGUCCGUCCAGCUCCGGUCGCGGACCGCCAGCGUCCACGUCCAGGCCGUCGUCACGCUCCGCCCGCAGAGGCGGUACCAAUCGAGUCCCGCGCGGACCGGCAAAGAUGAUGAUGAGGCGCCGCGCAGGCCGGAGCAGCCCAAGAUGACGUUCGGGCGCUUCGUCGGGCAUGCGCUGCGCGCCAGCUUCCGCAACAUGGCCGUCGCGCUGAGUCCGCGCGGUAUCCGGACUGCGUUUCGCGACUCUCCCGCCAUGACGAGCAUCAGCAUCGUCCUUCUCGUCCUCACACUCGCCGUCUCCGCCGUCGCCGUGCGCGCCUACCUCCAAGCCUUCUACAACUCCCAGUUCAGCCGGUACCCAGAGCCGGUCGCCAACACGCUGCGGCGAGCCAUAUACUACACAAAUGUCCGCCCCGAGCCGGAGCUGGCCCUCAAAUACUAUAAGAAGGCCAUGGAGCAGUGCGCCGAGCUGGGCCUCGACCCCUUCUCCGACGAGGUGAUUGGCAUCCGCAUCCAGACCUCGUUCUGGCUGCAAAAGAUUGGCAGCUACAAGCCCGCCAUUGAGGUGCUCGAGUCGGUGCUAGACGACUGCAGGAAGUGGGUCGACGUCAUGGAAAAGUCGGUCGCGGAUGGCCAAGUCGACGCCAAGGGCUACUAUGUGUCCGAGGCGGCGGAGCAAGCGCCAGCGCCAGCGAAACCCGAGGCUCAAGAUUCCAAGUCGGUCAAGAAAGAUGGCGAGCCUGCUCCUGCGCCCGAGACGCUGUGGCGAAAGCGACAACGCCUGCUAGCCAAGGCCAUCGGCACCGCGGUCAAGCUCGGAGAGCUGUACUCUGACGAGCACGUCCUCAACCCCGAAAAGUCGCACUCGCACCUGGUCUGGGCGGUCGAGGCAUCGCUGAAGGAGUUUCAGCGGCGGAGGACCGACGGCGUCAAGCCCGGCGAGGAGUCGUGGCUGACGCCCGAAGAGCUGGGCGGCUCCAUGGAGUCGCUCGGGCGCGACUACGAGCGGCGGUCGCAGUUCCAGCUCGCCAUCCCGCUCUUCUUCCAGGCCCUGCGGCUGUGCGAGACGCCCUGCCACCGUGCCGUCAUCAUGAACAACCUGUCCGCCGCCUUCGCCCAGCACCCCAUCUACACGCCCGCCGAGGUGGAGGCAUCGUCCGAGGCGCUCAAGGACGUGCUCACGACGGCCAUGCCGACGACGCGCAAGGACUGCCUGGAUGCGGCGCUCAACUGGGCGCGCAAUGCGUACGAGCACGCGCAGGACGUCAAGGGCGAGGAGCGCACGGUCGAGUGCGACGAGGCGUGCGCUGUGGCGCUGUGCAACUGGGGCGACGUGGCUGCCAUGCUGGGCAAGACGGAGCUCGCGAGGAAGAAGUACAGGCAGUGCAUCGAGAUGAGCCGCAAAAUGGAGUUUGCGCCAGGGGUCAGGCAGGCGCAGGAGGGGCUGGCGCGAUUGACGUCGACGCCGGCUGACCAGGUGUGA